GCCUGCCCAUGAAGCCGCCCGCAGCGCAGAGCAGCCCCGCGGCGGCCGCGGCCGCAGCCCCGGCCUUGGACUCGGCGGCCGCCGGGGACCUGACGGAUGCGCUGUGCGAGUUUGACGCGGUGCUGGCCGACUUCGCGUCGCCCUUCCACGAGCGCCACUUCCACUACGAGGAGCACCUGGAGCGCAUGAAGCGGCGGAGCAGCGCCAGCGUGAGCGACAGCAGCGGCUUCAGCGACUCCGACAGUGCAGAUUCGCUCUAUAGGAACAGCUUCAGCUUCAGUGAUGAAAAACUGAAUUCUCCAACAGACGCUGCUCCAGCUCUUCUCUCCCCCACCGUCCCUCCUCGGAAAGCUAAACUAGGAGACACGAAAGAGCUAGAAGACUUUAUUGCUGAUCUUGACAGAACAUUAGCGAGUAUGUGAAACAAGGAGAAGUUCUGGGUCCUUUCAUCCUGAGGGAGAAGAUUCAGAAAGCUCCGAGGACCCUGGUAAACUCAGCUACGGAAUUUGCUGCCAGAGCAGACAGAGAUGAGAACUCACCUACCAGCAGGCCAUUCUCAGACUCGUUCUGAAACCAGCCUUUGAUCAUCUCUGGGCAAUUUAGAGAGUGAAACUGACUUUGUUGACCAGCUUGCAGCAUAUUAGAACAGAUGACCCAUGCUAAUAUUGUAUUUUCUCUCAAAACAUAGCUUUCCUGUAAUUUAAAGUGCAUUUAUGGAAAUAUUUGUAAUUAAUUAUAUAUAGUUGGAAACAGUAAUAUGCUUUUCCCAGUAUAAUAUAUUUUUGUAUGCAAAUAAAAUUUGAACU